CUACCCACUUAAUAUCUUCAAGUGGGCAUUCCAUAUAUUUACAUGAUUUUGUGUAAUUCUUGAAAAUUUUUUGUUUCUUUUCACACUUUUACCAUAUAAAGAUUUCUGGGUAUGGUAUUUUAUUGAGUUCACUUGAGUAUUCAGGUUUUUGGCAAAGUUUUAAUCUUUUCCUAAAAUCUGGAAAAGGGUAGGAUUCUUUUCCCCCAAAAAACUGGAAAAUCUUAUUAGUUUAUAUAACAAUGGUUGCUAUAAAGGAGAUUUUAGCAAACAAGAUAGUGGUAGGACUUGUAUUGGGGCAGAUUCUUUCUCUUUUGAUUACUUCAACUGGAUUUUCAUCAUCUGAGCUUGCUAGAAGAGGAAUCAAUGCACCUACUUCACAGUCUUUAGCAAACUAUGUGAUGUUAGCGAUUGUCUAUGGAGGAAUACUAAUAUACCGGAAAAGUGGGCUUAAGGCAAGAUGGUAUUAUUAUUUACUUCUUGGACUAGUCGAUGUAGAGGCAAAUUAUCUUGUGGUGAAAGCUUAUCAGUACACAUCUAUAACGAGUAUUAUGCUGCUCGAUUGUUGGUCAAUUCCCUCUGUCAUACUGCUCACUUGGCUCUUCCUGAAGACAAGAUACAGGUUUAAGAAAAUAGCUGGAGUUUCCAUCUGUAUUGCUGGUCUUGUGCUUGUUAUUUUCUCAGAUGUUCAUGCAGCAGACCGGUCACAAAGUGGUAGCAGCCCUAUUAAAGGAGACUUUCUGGUGGUUGCCGGGGCUACACUUUAUGCUGUCAGCAACGUUAGUGAGGAGUUCUUUGUGAAAACAGCUGAUAGGAUUGAACUCAUGGCAAUGUUGGGGUUCUUUGGUGCAAUUAUUAGUGGUAUUCAAAUAAGCAUACUUGAGCGAGAGGAACUCAGGUCCAUCCACUGGACUUCAGGAGCAUUGCUUCCCUAUACCGGAUUUGCAGCAGCGAUGUUUCUAUUUUACUCGGGUGUCCCUGUUUUGCUAAAGAUGAGUGGAUCUACAAUGCUGAAUUUGUCUUUGCUGACUUCUGACAUGUGGUCAGUCUUGAUACGUAUAUUUGCAUAUCAUGAAAAGGUUGAUUGGAUGUAUUUCGUAGCCUUUGCUGCUGUUGCUGUCGGGCUCAUCGUUUAUUCAGGGUUCGACAAAGAAAACCAUGAUGAAGCUGCAGAGGAUGCAGACCAAAACAGAUAUUUAGAUGAAGAAGCAGGUGUUGCUAGUAGCAGUAGCAAGUAUGAGUCUGCUACCACAAGCAGUAAUUACAAUACAGAGGUCAAGAAGAUUUGAUCUGGGAGAUAGAAACAAAUUAUUCUGAUGCUGAACAACAUUAAUAGCCUCUUAUUUUUAAUUCAUUUAUAUUAACGAACUAGAGAAAUCAUAAUUGAAAUAGGAUCAAAGUGUAUUUAUCACUUGAACACAGAUGCGUAAUUUUUAAAAAGAAAAAAAAAUCUUGCUUUUUAUUGCGAUAA